UGAGCCGAACCAUUUCCCAUCCGCAUCCGCACCCAAACCCAGCCAACGGCCACCAUGGAAGCACCGCCGCCGCCGCCGCUGCCGGCGCUCCCGGACGACGUCGUCGAAGAGAUCCUCCUCCGCCUACCGCCCGACGACCCAGGCUGCCUCUUCCGCGCCUCCCUCGUCUGCAAGGCCUGGAGGAGCGCCGUCACCCAUCCCCACUUCCGCCGCCGCUACAUCGGGCUCCACCGCCACCGGGCGCCCCCCGUGCUCGGCUUCCUCCACGACUGGGAAGACGAGCGCAUCCCAGACUUCGUCCCCACCACCGCCCCGCCCUUCUCCCUCGCCGCUCCAGACCGCCGGUUCUGGCGCCCCCUCGACUGCCGCCACGGCCGCGCCCUCUUCCUCUCCGACCACCUCCAGGAAACUCAGGAACUCCUCCUGUGGGAGCCAAUCACGGGCGCCCUUCGGGGCAUACCGGUGCCCGCGGCGUUCAGGUGCCGGUGGCCGACCGCGGCCGUGUUCUGCACAGCGGACGGGUGCGACCACCGCGACUGUGCGGGAGGUCCCUUCGGCGUGGUCUUCGUCUUCGCCGUCGAUGACGAAGACGAAGAAGACUGUCACGUUGUCACAUCGGCGUGCUUGUACUCGUCGGAGACUGGCACGUGGGGCCAGCUGAACUCGAGGCAAUACGAGUUCACCAUGUACUUUGAGCAUCAUUCCAGCGUGCUGGUUGGGAGGUCUCUGCUCUACUUCCUCUCCGACGGUGGGGUGAUCCUGGAGUACAAUUUGGACAGUGGUGAACUGGCUGUGUUGGACACACCACCUGAGGAUUACGGCAGUGGCCCCGAAAGAUUUAACCUCAUGCUGGCGGAGGACGGUGGACUGGGGGUUGCCGAAGCCAUUGAUUUUCAGCUCAUAUUGUGGAAAAGGGAGGUGAGUGAUGGCACUGAUGCACGAUGGGUGCUGAGCCGGAUCGUCGAUGUGGGUUUCUUCGAUACAGGCACACUUGCUCCAGUGUUGGGCUUUGCAGAGGGAGCAAAUGCUAUUUUCGUGAAAACUGUUUAUAAUCUCUCCAUGAUCGAGCUGCAGUCGGAGCAGGCGAAAUGGGAGUGCGAUAAUCAUGGCUUCUGUAAUUUGAUUCCAGUUGUCAGCUUCUACACUCCACAUUCUAGGCUCCAAGUGCCAGGGGGUGAACACCACGGCCCAGUGCUGCGGCUGAACCUACUGAGGAGGGAUGGUCAGCAAGGGGCAUGGGAGGAGAAAUCACUAGAAUGGGCGCAGGUGCUGUUUGAUAAGGGGUGCAAGGCUAUCAAUGAGAAGGACUUUGCCAACGCGGCUGACUGCUUCAAACAUGCUCUCGAGAUCAGGGUUCGACAUUAUGGAGGCCUUGCUCCUGAGUGUGCUAGCACAUUUUACAAUUAUGGAGGUGCCUUGUUAUGCAAAGCUCGGGAAGCGACCAAUCCUUCAGGUAGUGGUUUAAAGCGUGCACCAAAUGAAGAAUCAAUCACACCCACAACCAGCACAGAUGAUGCUGGGAGCUCAGAGGCCUCUGGUAGCAGUGUUGAGCAUGCUCCACCUUCAAGGAAAGGUAAUUAUGAAGAAGGGGCAAACUUGCAUGGCAAAGGUCAGAAGGAUGGGAACAUGACAGGCGAUGGAGAUGAUUCUGAUUUGGAUCUGGCCUGGAAAAUGUUGAAUACUGCAAGGGUGAUAGUUGCCAAGAGUCCAGAUAAGACAAUGGAGAAGGUUAAUAUAUUGAAUGCUCUAGCUGAAACCUCCAUGAGAAGAGGGGACAGAGACAGAUCAAUUGAUUGCUACAUCGAAGCUUUAGCGAUCUUGGAACAUUUGGUUAGGCCUGACCAUUUUCGAAUUUUCCAGCAAAACGUCCACAUAUGUUUUGCCUUGGAGUUAGCAUCCAAGGUUGAGGAUGCAAUCCCAUAUUGUGCAGAGGCUAUUUCAGUAGGCAAGUGGCGUAUGCAUAAUCUGAUAAAUGCCAAGGAAGCUUUGUUGUCUGAUAAAGGACGCUCAGGGAAGUCGACUCUAGAAGAUGAGAUAUCUUACCUUGCUAGAAUGUUGGGUCGACUCCAGAAGAAGGUGCACAGACUGGAUUUUAUUCAUGUUACCAAUUUGGUUCUGCUCAUGAAUCCGCUUGAAGAACUGGAGCAAGCAAUGUCAACCCCAAGCGACAUUAUGAAGAGGGUGGUCUCACAGGCAAGUCAUGAGCAGAAUGUUAACAAUACUAUGGCAAGAACUGCAUCUUCGACUUCACAGAUGGCAGGAUCAAACAACAGCGUCCAUUCCCCAACUAUGUCUCCGGCAGCAGCAAGAGGAAGCACUGGAAGUAGCUUAACUGACUUUGAGAUUGUUGGCAGAGACAUGAAACGAGCUAAUGACAAGCCGAUCUCCGACGAACCUUCUCAAAAAAGACUUGCAGCAGAUGAUUCACCAUCCGUGAAUGAAAUUUGAUAGCAGCUAGAUAGAAAUUCUGAAACUGCCGAGAUAUCCAUGGGACGUUCUAACAAUGUUCAUGUUCCCUCAGUAUUUGACCUGGUCACUAGGUGUUCUUGACAUUAGCACAUAAUAACUGAUGGAUCAUCAGUGGCUCUCUGCAGUGCGAUACUCAUCCUUUGUUUCUAGCUGUUUUGCAGUGAUACCUUCGCCAUCCAUCACCUUCCAUUGUAUAUCUGACUCUAAUUUUUGCCGUGCUCCGAUAAAUCUUCCGUUGUUUGCUCCUUACUGAUGG